AUAAAUUGAGUGAUCAAUGGAUGAGUGCUCCAUCCCCCGUCCCUCAUUAGUUUCUUUUCCAUGGCCUCAAACUUCCCUGCAGCAUAUCACAGUUCUUCCAUGGCGUCGGCUGUGCUUCUUCUUCUGGGACUCCUUAUGGCAAGCCUCGGUAUAAAAGGCGUACAAUCAAUAGGAGUCUGCUAUGGCAUGCUCGGGAACAACCUUCCUCCUGCCCGGGAAGUGGUUGCACUGUACAAGUCACGCAAAAUUAAUCGGAUGCGGAUCUAUGACCCGAACCAAGCGACCCUGCAGGCCCUCAGAGGCUCGAACAUUGAGCUGAUGCUUGGGGUCCCGAACUCAGACCUACAAGCACUAGCCAACAACCCAUCUAAUGCAAAAUCUUGGGUGCAAAGAAACGUCAAGAAUUACUCACCGGGCGUGAGGUUCCGGUAUAUCGCGGUCGGGAAUGAGGUUGGUGCCACGUCCCAGCUCGCGAAGUUUGUCUUGCCUGCGAUGAGGAACGUGCAGAACGCAGUGAACUCAUUCGGCCUUCAGAACCAAGUCAAGGUCUCAACUGCCAUAGACAUGAUCGUCAUGGGGAAUUCAUACCCGCCGUCCCAGGGGGCCUUCAGGGCUGACGCGAGGGGCCACUUGGACCCAAUCAUCCGGUUCCUGGUGAACAACAAAUCUCCAUUAUUGGCGAACAUCUACACUUACUUCAGCUAUGCUGGGAACCCAAAAGACAUAACCCUCCCGUACGCCCUGUUCACCUCCCCAGGGGUGGUCGUGAGGGACGGGGCCCGCUCGUACCAGAACCUAUUCGAUGCGAUGCUGGACGCCCUGUACUCAGCCCUCGAGAGAGCAGGUGGCGGAGCCCUCAAUGUGGUGGUCUCGGAGAGUGGGUGGCCGUCUGCUGGGGCGGUAGGAGCCACGGUGGGUAAUGCGGGGACAUAUUACAAGAAUUUCAUUAAGCACGUGCCUGGCGGGACACCGAAGAGGCCAAAGAAAGCCAUAGAGUCUUAUCUUUUCGCUAUGUUCGACGAGAACCAGAAGCAGCCAGAGCUCGAGAAGCACUUCGGGCUGUUCUCACCAAACAAACAACCAAAAUAUCCGCUAAGUUUUGGUGAAAGCCGGGAAGGGAUAUGGGAUGUUUCAUCAUCUAACUAUAGCCAUGGCGUGGCAGGGUCCCUUAGGAGUGACAUAUGAGAAAAAAGUAGCGAAGUGAAUCUUUGCUCUAAGCUAGGAAUCUUGAUAGUGGUAAUCUUUGUAGUUAAAUAAGAGGAUCACCAUGACUUCUAUGUAAUGCAAUAUCGAAAUAUCGACUUGGUUAAAUAUCAUAGAACUAAGAAGAUUACCACACA